AUUGUCCGAAUGAAAGCCCUGGGCAGAAGCUAUGUUUGGUGGCCUAAGCUAGACCAAGACAUAGCCGCCCAUGUUGCCGGGUGCCCGAAAUGCCAGGGUGCCCAAGCUUUGCCUCCCAAAGCCGAGCCCCGGACGUGGGAGCCACCAUCCUCCCCCUGGUCUCGAAUCCACAUUGAUUUUGCGGGCCCUAUUCAGGGCCGCAUGCUCUUGAUUGUUGUGGAUGCCUUCUCGAAGUGGAUCGAGGCCAUCCACAUGUCCUCCACAACGGCGGACGCGCUUAUCGCCACCCUCCGCCACGUAUUUGCCACCCAUGGGUUACCCGACGUGUUGGUGUCCGAUAACGGACCACAACUGACAGCUGCCAAGUUUGAGGCCUUCCUAGCUUCCCAGGGCAUCCGACAUGCCCUUACCUCUCCCUUUCACCCUUCUAGCAAUGGAUUGGCGGAGCGCGCCGUGCGGUCCGUCAAGGAGGCCCUCUCCAAAAUGGAUCACCUGCCCUGGCAAGAACGCAUUGAUGCAUUCUUGUUGGCUCACCGCUCCACACCUUCCCCAGAAUCCAACACCAGCCCGGCCGAGCUCCUUUGGGACGGCGGCUGCGAACGACCCUUGACCGGUUGCACCCUGCCUACUCCACCCCAACGCCUUUGGAUUCUCAGGGAGGGAUGA